GCUUUGCCUGUUAUUUCCAGCCUCUGUUUUGCCUGUUAUUUCCAGGCUUCUGUUGGUUGCUUUUGUUUUAUUUGCAUCUUUACGCCUGUUUCUUUACCUUUCCACUUCAGGCUGGUUUUCUAACUUACAGAAUGAGAAUGAGCAUUCCAGAUAAGAGCAACAGUUGUGCAGAGUAAAUGUAAGGCACCCAUUCUUCAAAAAUGAUACUGUCCCCGACUGGCUGUGAUCCACUUCCGAAUUCUGUGAGAUGCCUCUUGUUCUCAAGACCAUGGUGAAAUUGCUGAAGCCCUGUGUUGCCUCGCUGUCAGUGUCACACCUUAGCAAGCAGCUCUGCCUGGAUUCUCUGCACUUGCCUUUGGUUGGUUGGAGGUGUGUGGGCGGGGUUGGGGGCGGUCUCUUGCUCUAGCUACCUUCAGAAGCUUCAAAAACUUUAUGAAGCCACACCCGACUUUUCCUACUCUGCUGCUCAAUUAUCAGGUCCCAGCUUCUCUGGUUCUGACUUACUAGGGUGCCAGGACAGUUACAAGUCUGAGAGACUGCAGACAAUCUAACUCUUCCUGGUCUUUCCAGGCACCGCCCCCGCUUAGGGUUAAGGGACAACUUUCUUCCUAUCCUAACCAGCCAGCUGGCCUUAGACAGCUCUGAGCCCUUCACUGAAACAGACCCUUCCACCUUCUUUCCUUAGAAGGCAGCAGGCGUCCCAGGUUUCUGGGGACUUGGGCUGUCUUUGCUCCUCCCCUCUGGGGCAGAGACUGGGGGUGGAGGGCAGUGCAUUAGUGCAGUGUUGUCAUAGUUAAGCAAUUUCACUUUCCUUUUUCUCCUCUUUGGAGGCCCCUGAAGGAGUUCUCUCUGGGCUUCCCAGAGACUGAGAGGGGUUCGGUCUACCCUGAACCGGUUCCUUGGAGUCUGUGUAGGGGAUGGCAGGAGGCGACAAUGAACUCAGCAGCAGGACAAUCCCAGAGGACCAGAAUGAAGAGGAGUCAGAUGACUAUCAGCUCAUGUUCAAGCACUUCAAAGAAAACAAGGUGGAGAUCGCAAGUGCCAUCACCAAGCCGUUUCCUUUCCUCAUGAGCCUUCGAGACCAAGACUUCAUCUCGGAGCAGAAGUUUCAGGAAUAUCAAGAAACAUGUAAGAACCUGGUCCCAGUGGAGAGAGUCAUGUACGACAUCCUCAGCAAUGUACAGAAGAAGUUUAGCCGGGAUCUUCUGAAAGUGAUAUUCAGCCAAACACAUCUGAAGGUUUACCGCGACUUAAAGGAGACUCUAAAACACUUCUUCCUAAAUGCAUCCAAAACUAAUGAUGAACAAGCAGAGGAGAUGCUUAGCCUCCCAAAAUGCAAUGGAGGAGUUUUGGCCCAGGAGCACAGCAACCCACAUGUGAAAAGAAGUGUUCCUGUGUCAUGUGUUCCCCAACAUAUGUGCCAGAAGACCUGGAAGCAAGGAUGGGAAGCAGCCAAGGAGAAUGUGUGGGCACCAGGAGGAACAUUCCUGCAAGAAAACCCAAGAAGCAGAGAAUCCUGGCAGGUCUGGAGUCUGCAUUGUAGACCAUGGUAGCCUGGAACCCACAGAGAUCUGCUUGCCUCUUGUUUCCUGAAUAGUGGGAUUAGAGGCAUGUUUCAUCCAGCCUUUGGGACCUUUGAGGAGGAAUUUCAAAUACUAAUGUGGAAAAGGCGUGGUGUGCUGUGAUGGGAUUUGAAAGACUCAGUGAGGACUCAGCAGGAAGUGAGGAGCGUUCUGGAAAAAACCUACAUUUCUUCAGUCUACACCCUUCUAUUUGAACAUAUGACCAUAAAGGAGGGUUCAGUGUCUUUGCAAUUCUUAUUUUACAUUAAAUGGAUAGUGGAAAGCACAAAUCCUAAGCACAGCCUUUGAAGGAUCCUGCUAAUUGUAUGUCUUAACAAUAAAAUCUUGUGGAGACACAGAACAUGACCUUGAAGCUGA